AUGGAGAGCUAUAAGGAAAUGGUGAACAACUCCAGGAUCCUCCUGGAUGAUGGGAACUACGGGUUUUGGAAAGCUAGGAUCAGAUCCAUGAUCAAAGGGAUCGAUCCACUGGCAUGGAAGGCAGUAACUGAUAAAUGGGAAGAACCACUGGUAGCUGAUGCCAACGGAGUCUUUCAUCAAAACCAGAAGAAAGUUGGACUGAAGAGGAGUCCAAAAGAGCAAAGUGUUGAGACUGCCAAAGAAGCAUGUGACAUACUUCAGAUGCAGUACGAAGGAACAACAAAGGUUCAAAACUCCAGAAAGGACAUGCUUGCUUCUCGCUUUGAGAAUCUAAAGAUGGAGGAUAAUGAAACCAUCUCUGAAUUCAGUUCAAAACUGAGUGCUCUGGCACAAGAAGCAGCUGUGUUAGGCAAAAAAUACAAAGAUAAGAAGCCGGUGAAGAAAUUCUUGAGGUGUCUGCCAUCGAGGUUUAUGGGGUACAAAUCAGCACUCAGUGUGUCCAGCAACACAGAGAACAUGCCAUUCAGUGAACUUGUAGGCAUGCUGAAAGCUCAUGAGAUGGAGCUAGACAGUCUGAAGAAACCUAAAAGUCUAGCUAUAAAGUGUGAAAACCGCACCACUGAAGAUGAGGAAGAUGAUCCCAUAAGUCUUCUGAAGAAGGUUGCCUCCUUCAAGAAGACAGCUGAAGGGGAUAAGUCAAACAGGAAGAGUGAGGUGCAGUGUCAUGAGUGCAAGGGAUAUGGACAUUUCAAGAAUGACUGUCCUACUAUCAAGCGACGAGAGAUUCAGUGCUAUGGCUGCAAAGGAUUUGGACACACUCAGCUGGAAUGUGUCAAUGAUCAAAAUCGCAGGAAGGACAAGUCCAUGUUGGCUGAGGAAGAAUCGGAUGAUGACUCAGAGGAUGACUCAGUUGAAGAGACAAACAACUUCGUGACGUUUAUCGGGAUCGCUGAAAUUAAGGAGGGACAGGAGUCAGAGUCAGAGCCUGAAGAAGAAAAGGAGGAUGAUCUCAUAAGCAGCUACAAGGAAGUACGUCAUGUCCUGGUUAGUCUCAACAAAGAAAACAGUGAAUUGAAGAAAGAAAACCAGAGACUGUCCGUACUAGUAGACAAGCUCAGCAAAGAUCUCGAAGCAGCAAAUGCACUUGGCCAGGGAAGUGUCAAUCUGAUCAAGGAGAAGCUGGAAUUAGCCAACAAUGCUGAAAGUCUGAGGCAGCAUCUAAAGGUUGAAAAGCAAAUAUCGGAGAAGCUGGAGUCAGAACUAGAUCAACUAAAGAAGCAGAUUCAGAUGUUCGCAGGAACCAAGCAACUGGACAAGAUCCUGAGCUACGGAUGUCAAGCCAAUACUAGGCAUGGACUGGGGUACAGUGGAUGGGAACAGAGGAGCUCAGAUGAAAUCAAUUUUGUCUCUUCCGGAUACAACCAGCCUGAAGGACGAAGACCUGUCACCAAACAGCAAAAAGGACGAGAGUGCUAUUACUGUGGCAAGAUCGGACAUAUCAAGGCAUACUGCUACAGCAGAUGGAACAGGGUUCAGAAACUGAUGAAGCAACGGAAGUUCAGUUGGAAUGGAUCCACCAAUCAAGUCUGGGUCAGGAAAGAGGAUUUGCGAUUUGAACCUAAGGGACAACUGAAGAAGAAUCCCAUCAAGCCGAGAGAAUUCACUGUUAAGAGAUCUUCCAGGAAUGGUCCAAUGUCAAUGCUGUGGCAUGGAUUCAAGUGCAACAUGGCACAAGUUGAAAGCGACGAAGAUGAGUUAGAGCCUUGGUACUUCGAUAGUGGCUGUUCACGGCACAUGACUGGAAACCGAAGCUACCUCCGGAAUGGACUUAAGGAGAAUCUUAUCAGCAUAAGUCAACUGUGUGAUGAAGGGCUAAUUGUGAUAUUCACCGACAAAGGAUGCAGAGCAGUGAAUGAUGAUGGACAAAUUAUCCUAGCUGGAGAAAGAUCAGGCAACAAUUGCUAUAUGUGGAACAAGUCAGGGUCAGUUAUCAGCUGUUUUACUGCCUGUGAUAAUCUGCAGCUGUGGCACCAGCGACUCGGACACAUGAACAUCAGGAAUCUCAAUGAUCUCAUCUCAAAGGAGAGCAUUAGAGGAGUUCCAAAGAUCAAGGGAGGAGAUAAGUUUGUGUGUGAAGCGUGUAACCAAGGCAAACAGAUUGAGGGCAUAUCAAAGCUUUUGGACGAGAAGAUUGAUGACGUUGCUUCCCAGAUCAAAUCAAUGGAGGAACAAGCAACCAAAGACGCAGCCGUGAUCGCUAAUAGAUUCGACAACAUGGAAGAAGAACAAGUAAAGUACGCUCACGAGCUUUGCAACACUAACAAGAUCAUGGACCUGGAUUUCAAACUCGAAGAUGUGGAAAAUUCCCUCAACGAAGCUAAUAACGAGUCUUAUGACUUCACGGUUGAAGUUUCAGAGAAGACAAGAUUAUUGACAAAACCAAAGAGCUUGACUCAACCAUAG